GAGCCGAGCGCGCCGGCGGCUGACGGGGCAGAGCGCACGACGCCGCCUACGCGCCAGCUGCAACCUCCUCCCGUUGUCGCCGCCAGCACAGGAGGGGGCCAAGACGUCUGUCCCACGGGGGGCGAGCGCAGGACCGCGCCAGGCGUCCAAACGGAGGAAGAUGCCUCGCGGCGACAGAGAGAGCGACUGGAGGGAAAAGGAGCAGUUCCGCAAGCUGUUCAUUGGUGGCUUAAGCUUUGAAACAACAGAGGAAAGCUUGAGGAAUUACUACGAGCAAUGGGGAAAGCUUACAGAUUGCGUGGUAAUGCGGGAUCCUGCAAGCAAAAGAUCAAGGGGGUUUGGUUUUGUAACAUUCUCCUCAAUGGCCGAAGUUGAUGCAGCCAUGGCUGCAAGACCUCACACGAUUGAUGGAAGGGUGGUGGAGCCGAAGAGAGCUGUGGCUAGAGAGGAAUCUGGAAAACCUGGUGCUCAUGUUACUGUGAAAAAACUGUUUGUUGGUGGUAUUAAAGAGGACACUGAAGAGCACCACCUUCGUGAUUACUUCGAGGAGUAUGGAAAGAUUGACACUAUUGAAAUCAUUACUGACAGACAGUCUGGUAAAAAGAGAGGGUUUGGAUUUGUUACAUUUGAUGACCACGAUCCUGUGGAUAAAAUUGUAUUGCAGAAGUAUCACACUAUUAAUGGCCACAAUGCAGAAGUAAGGAAAGCUCUCUCUAGACAGGAAAUGCAGGAAGUUCAAAAUUCUAGGAGUGGGAGAGGAGGGAACUUCGGUUUUGGUGAUGCUCGUGGAGGUGGUGGCAACUUUGGUCCAGGACCUGGCAGCAAUUUCAGAGGGGGAGCUGGUAAGACAGAUGGAUAUGGGAGUGGCCGUGGGUUUGGUGAUGGGUACAAUGGAUAUGGUGGAGGGCCUGGAGGUGGCAAUUUCGGUGGCAGUCCUGGUUACGGAGGAGGAAGAGGAGGAUAUGGUGGAGGAGGACCUGGAUAUGGCAACCAGGGUGGGGGCUAUGGAGGUGGCUAUGACAACUAUGGAGGAGGCAAUUAUGGAAGUGGAAACUACAAUGACUUUGGAAACUACAACCAGCAGCCUUCCAAUUAUGGUCCAAUGAAAAGUGGAAAUUUUGGUGGCAGCAGGAACAUGGGGGGACCAUAUGGUGGAGGAAACUAUGGUCCCGGUGGCAGUGGAGGAAGUGGUGGAUAUGGAGGGAGAAGCCGUUACUGAGCUUUUGCAAGCAUGCCAUGGAUCUUUUAGAUGCUGCUUCUUCAAUGGCAAGGAAAGGAAAUAUCCCCAGCGAGGUACUCUUCCAGGGACACAGGUCUAGUACAAGAGAACUCUUGACAACGUCACUAAGUUCAGCCAGUCUUAAAAAGCUGCGCUGUAUUUCUGCAAAGCUUUAACUACGAUAGUUGUAUAAGGAUGCCAACGAAGGCUGAGGGAGUAGAGCAAACUUAGUUCUAAGCUUCAGUUAAACUUCUUUAGCUAUGAUAUGAAUCCUGGACAAGCAUAGACUGCUGCCACUGUACUCUGCUACAGUUGAACAAAUGAGACCUGCAAGUGUCCAUUAGUAAAGCUUUGCAAGGGUUCCAUCCCUGGUGUUGGUAGUUAAAAUGGUAGGUCACAUGUUAAUUAAAUCAUACAACUUUAUUUAUGCAUCCUGCAACAUUUUAUUUUUUCUUGGGAGACUAUGCAUUAUGGUGGUUGCAAGGUAAUGCAAUGAAGGUAGCGCUGUGCUGUUGAAAAUGAACGAUGUUAUUGUGUGUCUUGUCUACUGUGAUCUAUAACGCGUUUCAUCCUGAAGGUUCCCAAGUAACUUUAGACUGUUUACGUGUAAGGAAAAAAAAAAUUGCACCACAGAAUACAUCUGCCUCUGUGAAGGAAUGUGUCGUCCAUUCUUAUAACUGCAUAAGCAGUUCUUUAGGAGGAGAAGUGAAAGCUUCGAAUGAAACUGCAGGUGGUAUUUUAUGAGUGUAUAAUGUAAUUACCUAAAUUGGAAUUUGGCUAGAAUUAUGAGGUUUCCACCAUUUUUUAUAGUUCUUGCAGCUAGUAAACCUUAGUGCCAAAUUCAGUCAGCCUUACUCUCAUUGCAUUGAAUGUUUGAUCCUGAAAUUAUCAAAAAUUUGCCAAGUAAUGAGUCAUCUGAGUAAGGGUGGCGUACUCUAUACGAUCUGGUUUCUAAACAAAGACCCACAAAACAUUAAAAAAAACAAAAACAAAAACCCACAUCCUAAUUCCAAAGUUCCAUUGCUUUUGACAGACUAAUUACUGAAGAAUGUGGACUCAGCUAACAACAGUCCUGUUCCUUUUGUGUUAGACACACCAGUGAACUGCUUAUACUUCUUUAAAAUGGCUGAAGUUCCCCUAUUGGUAAUUUGGUUUAGACAUAUGUGAUAAACUUCUUCAGAUACACUUUUUUUUUCUUUGGCAGGAAGGUGCCAUGCUGCAGGUAACUAAUGAAGAAGUGGUCAACCACAGAAACGCUUCAAGAAAUAAGAAAUUCUGUAUCAUCAGAAAAUAGUUGUUUUUGCUGCCUUCAUUAAAAACCUAGAGGUUAAAUGAAUACUGAUAAAAUAUCACAAUUAGUAGAGCUCCCUGUAAUGCUGGGUUUUUUAAAUGAUAGUAAUAAUUGUCUUGUAAACAUUUCGAAUAAAACUCAGAUUCGUUAGGAGAAACAAAUUACUAAUGUUAAAAUAGCGAACAUUCUGUGAGUUGAAGGUUUAACUACCUAUUUUUAUAACUUUCAUAGCUUUAAAAUAAAGUAUUUUUUUAUACCAAAGUAGUUCUAGUGUAAUGCUUAAUAAAAUUUAGUAUGUGUCUAACAUUAAAUAAUGUUGAUGUGCAGCUUUUAGACCCUUUCACUAUUUGAAGUGUGCCAUUUUGAGGUGGAUUUAAAACCACGUUAACUUGGCAAGUGUAUGCACAGAGCUUGUAUCUUUGAACAUAGCAUCUGUUCUCUGUUGGGAGCAACAGUGCUGCAAACAAAACAAGCUGAUUUUUUUGCUUUUGGAUGCAAUUGCUUUAAAACAGCUUUACUGACUUCAAAAAAAAAAACAACCAAAACUACUCCUUUCCCAUUAAUGCAACUUACCACUUACAACAGUUCAUCAGUAGCUUUAUCCUUCUUAUCUAUAAAGAGCUUUUAGCGUCAACACAGAGUGAAUGGAAAGUAGAGUUCCUGCUGUUCUAGAACCAUAUUACUGAUGGUUGCAUCUUCAAAAAAAAAAAAUGACAGUUGUGAGCUUGGGAAGGCUCCAGUUGGGAAUGAAUUUGAGGGAAGGUGUCUGUUUCCAACCUAUUGCUUACAUCAUUUACUCUAAACUUGAAAUGUCUCUGCCUAGUUUGAGUAGAAUCAUGUAUUUAACCUUUAUUAUAACCCAAAAGCACUAUUUAAGGAUUUAAAAUUACUUUUUUUUUUUGGUAUGAUAAGUUGAACUUUGAAAUAUUUGCAUAGGUAUCCAGUGGGCUGCAACGGAAGCAGAAAAUGAAGAUGGGCAAAAUCUGCUUUACUUUCCUCUUUCCAGCAGAAUGAGUUGACCACUUGAUUAGGAAUUUGCCUUAUUUCCUGGAACUUUAGAUUUAGUUAAUGGACAUUUUUCCUUACAGUUGACAAGUCGACAUUCAGAUCACGUAAUUGGAAAAAAAAAUACUUCAGAAGGGAAUAACAAUGGUCUCUCUGCUUGACGUUUACACUCUUUGAAUAGUUUCACAUUUACAUCUUUUGCAUGGAAAAUGUAUGUUGUUUUGAUCCACUGGUGAUGGGAGUCUACUUGGAGGGUGGGUGGUGGCAGGCAAAAACGAAGCUCUUGGAUGCUUGAAGUCUUGAAAGCUUGGAGUAUCUGAGUGAUUUUCCUCUUGUCUUACUGUUAAACUUCUCUGACUUUUUUUCUUGGUACAUCUUAAGAAUUAAAUCAAGUGCUAAUAACAGUGUUGGCUGAUGAGUGCUAUGACAGAAACCAUCAUCCUGAGUCAACCUAACACUGAGCACCAUCAGUUCUGAGUUAAAAACUACAGAGUUCAAUUACUGCUCCUUAAUUUUCAAAUAAUGCAUAUUUUUUUUAAUUUAUAAGUGGUAGGUUUUAUGUCCCUAUCUUCCCUUCCUUUGAAAAUGAAUUACGUUGCGGUUCAGGUAUGUUGCGGUUUCCUAAACAAACAGAAGAUCAGGUUGUCAGUUACAGGCCCAGCUUACCUCAGCAAGCCCUUUCUGCAGCAAGUGAGGGGAAUGAUGUGAAAGAAAACACAACUUGUUGCUAACUGUUGUGGGAGGAAAAAAUGCACACUGACCAAAGUAACAGUGGACUUGCAUAUAUAAAGUGGUGGAGAGAGCUUAAUGCUGGGGUUCUGGCCACUCUGUCAUGUACAAUGAAAGUUGAAUUGAAUUUGCUUUCCCUGCUACUUCAUGUGCUGAAAAGCAUUUAGGAAAUGAGAGAAAUUGCAUUUAAUGUUGUAAAAUCAGUGGGAAAUCAACUGUGUUAUACAUAGGGAGGAAGACUGUGUUCUUUUAGUUUUGAUGAAUGUACAUGAAAUCACGUUGCUGGGGGAGGGAGGAGGUGGUGAAGUUAAGAUGACAAACAAAACUUAAUGCCUGCAGAGAAUUCUGUCAGUUGAGCUCAUUUUGGCAAUUCAGCCACACUGGCAAAAGGGGGUGACUUACUAAGAAUGUAAUGAAGCAGCGUGCUCACAACGUGUAACUUCAGUAUUUUCAUUCAUUUUCAAAGUGGAGGGCAUGAUACAAGUGGAAAUCCUGUAAUGGUGCUGUUAUUUUCUUAGAGAUGAUAAAUUCUCAUUCACAGUGCUACUGGCAGAAAUGCAUAGGAUCCUUACCUGGGAAACACCUUCAUGUUAUAGUGAUCUGUUUUGCCACAAGUCAUACCGCCCCUUUUAACUCUUGUCCUCUUGCUUUGCAGCUCUUAUGCGAAUAGGCACUUACAGCAGAAGUUUCAGUGUUAACAGCACUUAAGCAUGUAGUUCACAAGCUAGCUUUGUGUGACUUCCAUAUAGGGUGACUGGACAAGUUCCUGAGAAGUUGUUGUAGUAGAGUUCUCAUCCAUAUGUGAUUACUUUUGUUUCCUGCUGGCGUACUUGGUCAGUUUUUAGGCAUUGUAUGAUGGAUUUCUCAGAGCCUGCGACAUCACCAAAGCUGCAAUGCAUUUGCACCAUACACCACAGUAACAGUUCAUAUGACUACAUAUGUCAUCUUGAUACCUGAUUAUCUCAUGAACACAAAUUGGUGCUGGGUGUCCUGUUACCUCAUUUAUAGGCCUCUCCUUACUCUGUUCUCAAUAUUUUUGAGAUGGAAAACAGGUAAAGCUAAGCUAUAACUGCACUGUGUUUGUUUUUGGAACAAAGGUACUGAGCUUUCCCUACAAGGUGACAGUGAUGCAGUUUCUUUGUCACAUCUUUCCUCUUUCAAGUUUCAUAGUCUUGUUGAUCACAUCUAAAACUAGACUCUAAGCUUUGUACAGGAAGUCUUAAUUUGUAAAAACUUGGUUUUGUGUAGCAAGUGAGGUCUAUGGAAUAAAACCAUGACAUGAAGCUAAAGCUGCAUUUUGUUGCCGUACGAUUAGUGCUCAUCCAAAGCACAUGCAGUAUUAAAGCAGACUGCCAUGUUCUGUGAGGGGUUGCUUGCAGUAUUCCUGUGUUUAGAGUUCUCUUUUGUAAUGCUGAGAAAAUUGCAUUCUAAUAAAGUACUAAACCUA